UAAUCAUCAGCAGAGAUAGAGAGAAAUUAUCGGCCAAAAUGAUAUCCUUUAGACCAAGUCUUUUCUCUCCACGAAACUUCACAUUUUGUUAUUGGGUGAUUAAGAGAGAAGACAGUUUAGGAGUGAACAGUAGUUGACAUAUGGCUACAACUGAAAGGAUACCCAAUAUAUUUCCUGUGAAUCCCAGUUUGGAACCUGCUCAACAGAAAAAGCCUUUUCAUAACCGUUGGCAUCCUGAAAUCCCACCGGUUGCUCAGGUCAAAGUAAAUUCAGUGUUUCGUGUAGAAAUGAUUGACUGGACUGGAGGUCAAAUAAAGAAUAAUGAUAGUGCAGAAGAUAUGAAAACUGUGAAUUUAACUCGUUGUCAUCAUCUAUCUGGACCCUUUGCAGUUUUAGAUGAACAAGGUCAACCAGCACAGCCUGGAGAUUUGCUGGUAAUAGAAUUAUGUGAUCUGGGUGCUUUGCCUGAACAUGAAUGGGGGUAUACCGGAAUCUUUGAUCGUGAAAAUGGAGGUGGUUUUCUUACUGACCAUUUUCCAAAGGCUUCCAAAGCAAUAUGGGACUUUGAAGGUAUUUAUGCUUCUUCACGUCAUAUACCUGGAGUAAGAUUUGCUGGAAUUAUCCAUCCGGGAAUUGUUGGAACGGCUCCCAGUAAGGAACUGUUGGAAAUAUGGAAUGAAAGAGAACGGACAUUGGUUGAAGAAGGUACUGAAAAGAUGACACUUGCUUCCGUAUUGCAAUGUCGUCCGAUGGCUUUAUUACCUGAACCCAAAUAUGCUUUGUUGGGUUCCAUCGAUCCAAAGAACAGAGAAUUUAAUCGCAUUGCGUCGGAAGCAGCGCGCACUAUUCCUGGUAGAGAAAAUGGUGGAAACUGUGAUAUUAAAAAUCUAAGUCGAGGCAGUAGAGUAUAUCUACCUGUGUUUGUUCCCGGAGCAAACUUUUCUAUAGGAGAUCUUCAUUUUAGUCAGGGAGAUGGUGAAGUAUCAUUUUGUGGUGCUAUUGAAAUGUCUGGUUAUGCCAUUCUUCGUUGUCAAAUCAUUCGCAAUGGAAUGGAUCGCUAUUUGUCACCAAUGGGUCCAACCAAGCUUCAUGUGAAUCCUAUUUUUGAAGUAGGACCUUUGGAACCGAGAUAUUCGGAAUAUUUGGUAUUUGAAGGCGUUUCAGUGGAUGAACAAGGCAGACAAACAUUAUUUAGAUGCAUCUGUUGCGUACAAACGGGCAGUAUUGAAUUGCAUUUAUUACUUUACGAAAUUUGGCUAUUCACCCGAGCAAGUUUAUCUAUUGUUAAGUUGUUGUCCUUGUGAAGGAAGAAUAUCUGGUAUUGUCGAUGUUCCUAAUGCAUGUGCUACUUUAGCUGUACCCACUGCUAUCUUUGAAAUGGAUGUUCGUCCCAAAGUUUCCGAGUUGCAACCUAAUGUUCGUGUCAUGCAGAUAUCCUUGCCUCAAUGUUCUUAUGAUGGGAGACUUGCAACUUUUACUCCCCAUUUUCGUUGACUGCUUUUAUAAAACAAAAGAUAUCUCUUUGUUUGCCUAUGAUCUUCAUUCUACAUGCAUCAUAGAUAUUGACACAU